ACAAGAAACUGCAGUCGUCUCCAUGGAGAGUGCUUUCUACGCAGUUCCAGGCGACGCCCACCAUCCGAGGAAUAUCCCCUACACCCGGAACAAUCAUCGGCAACAGACUGUCGACUCUGACCGUCACUCAGAACAAGGUCACGCGAGUUCUCCCGGAGGUAGUAGAGGCGAGGAAAACAGGCCUACAGGCGAAAGAACUCCCGGUCCGCGCCGAACUGCCGACUCUGGCCGAACUUCUAGUACCUUGGCAAGACUCAGUUUGGAAGUGCACACAGGGGGAGCUGCUGAUGAAACAUUGAAUGCGGAAGGUGGAGACCACGUGGGAGCAACAGCAAGGGAAAUCUUAGGACUGCAACAGCCCCGGCAUGAUCAACAAGUCGGACACGACCAAUCACCGCCCUUGGUCCCAGUCCACCCGUCUCGGCGGAUCGAGCAGUUGACUACAUUCGACAUGGUUCUUGCACAACAUCAACCGGAGCAAGAGCCGGAAAUUGAUGAUACCAUGUUUCAGCUAUCUCCGACGGCAUCGAUGAUCUCCGGUGGUACUACGGGAAAUCAGAUGUUGGUGACACGCGGGGGUUAUGGCGAUGUUUCGUUCGCAGGCGGACCGAAUAAACCUCCGGAGCACGACAUGCCAGAUUUCGCCGAACAGCGGCAGCGGGUACAGGAAUUCCUUGCUGCAUCUAGAAGUACUGCCGUUAGUCAAGGCCCGGGGCAACAAGAAGGUCUGCACCAGCUGUAUCAACAACAGUCGCCCCCUGCUGGGACUACAGCCGCGACUUCCUCCAAUCGCCAACCACGAACAUCAGAAUCCUUUGUCGUCGAUGAGCAGUACCUGCAGGACACGCGUUUUGAAACGGACAGUUUGGCCCUCUCGCACUCCUCCGGCACGACCGGCCGUACUUCGGACGCCAACACGAUCGGAAGUAGUGCCAAGAACCCCCGAGGAACGAAGGGCUCGCGGAGCGGCAAGAAUCGCGAGAAAUUCAACAGUCAAUUCAGUCAACUUUCCCGCGCCUCGCGAUUCGACAGCAAUCUCAGUUCCUGUCCGAGUCAGGAUUUAGUUGAAUCACCUGGAGGUCCGUCAGGCUCCCCUAGCUGCCAUGAUUUGGAGCCGGUCGGGGUGGGAGAUGGUAAUUCAUUAUUUCCC